AUGGCUUCAAAGCCGGCGGGGACGGCAGCUGGCGGCGCAGUUCAAAACGGUACCACCACAACCAGUACCUACUCGACCAAUACAGAUAGUAAAAAUGCUGCUUUUGAGACGCAAAUCAUAAUUUUAAAUCAGUGUAGAAAGAUCUUCAUUCAACGCGACUACACAAGAGGCCUAGAUGUGCAGUUUGAAGCAGAGUAUCCGGCGAGAUUAACUGAAAAAGUGCCCCGUGAUGUUUGGGAGAACACCAUCACCAGGAUAAAUCGGAUAUUUGCUGAUGCCGAAGCGAUCACUCCCCAAACGAUUUUCGAGACGGUGUUGGGAUGUUUCACAUGCUACGCCUCGUAUCUCGUCACCAAAUCCACGUAUCGCCGAAAACUGGACGAGCUGCAAGAGUUUUUGGAUCGAGAGAAUCGAGACAUCUAUCACCACGUCGGAUUUCAUAUUCGGAAUCCAAUGGAGAGGGGAUUGAGAGUGCUCGAAAUCGCGAUGCUCAUCCGCCAAGGCGAAAUUCCACACGAGGAGCCGGAAAUCCAGGAAUCGAGUCGCCCGAUUCGAACGAUCUGA